GGCCGAGAUCGCCGUCAUUCAAACAUUUCCUGAUUGCAAUCAAGUGAACCGUACUUCAGUAGGAAGAAGAAAAAAAAAAUCAACACCGCUGUUAACAAUUUGGACCGACUGGUGGCUCGGAUACGAUUCAAUAGGCCUGUUAAAUGUUUAGUGUUUUGUUUCGCUAUGGCAGGUGACAGGACGGCUGCCGGGAAACGCGCAUAGCGGAUGCAUCAUCGUCAAAGCCAGUCUAAUCUGAAGUCUGGCUGGCCCUCGACUUGUAACUCGGGAAAUAAUAACUGUAAUAACACUAUGGACGCCCCUCAGUAUCCAGGCUACCCAUCGCACUACUGGUACCCCCAGUCUCACUCAGGACACUAUGCAAAUACCUAUCCAUCUGGAUCAGAUGUUCAGCCACAGUACAAUCCACAGGUAUUGCCUGGAGGUUAUCCAAAUGGUCAUGGUGUCUACAGCCCAGCGCAGGGUCAAUAUUCGGCAAGCGGUUUCCACCCAUCCAACCCUUUCUACUGUGCUGACCCUCAGAGACCAGCUCCAGGUCCCUAUCCUAACCAGGGCUGUCCGGUGGAGCAGGGCAGCGGCCCGUCUGGGCAGCCCCACUCUCAACACCAACAUCAUCACUAUCCUGGUCCACACUGUCAAGGGGCACCUGGAUAUCCUCCUGGAACAUACCCCCACUAUACUGAAGGGGGUCAUGCAAUGCCUCCAAACCCCCCAUACCCCACUGGCCAGUCCCACCACCCCAGUCCUCAGGCUGAAGCGUGGGCACACUCUGGUGCGUAUGCAACUCCCCAGCAGCAGUGGCAGCCCGGCCAGCAGCCUCCACAAAACCACUACGGAAAUCCUGUCCGUCCACCGCAUCCUCCAGCAUGGCCAGGGACUGGAACUGGCGCUCCGCCACCGUACCAACCCAAGGACCAACAGCACCAACGUGCCCCACAGGUGGGACCUAAACCCAGGCCGAACCCGUCCCCAAAUCCCCCCAAUGGGAAGCCUGCAGAGAUAAGCUCACCUCCUCAAAUGUACAACAAAACCGGGAGAGGUGAGCCUAAUCCUUCACAAGGUGACCCCCUGCCCUCUGCCCCAGCCCAAGCUCCAGGCCAAGCUGGACCUCAGCCCCUGAGUGAUAACCCCGGCCUUGCUAAGGUCCAGCAGGUCAUGGCCAGAGUGCUAAUGCUGCAGGAAGAUGUUGAUGAGUUUGUUGGCAAAAAGACAGAGAAGAGUUACAGGUACCUGGAGGAACUGCUGACCAAAGAGCUGCUGGUGCUGGACUCUGUGGAGACUCAGGGACUGGAGAAUGUCCGGCAAGCCCGUAAGGAGGCUGUACAGAAGAUCCAGGCAAUUCUGGACCAGCUAGAGAAGAAGGCUUUCUGAACUGAAUUUAUUCAUGGGUUUGUGUCCAAGUUUUGCUGUUUUCUUCUUCCAGAUCUUCCAUGGACACAGUUUUAUCUUUCGGCUUUUUUCCCCACCAUCAUGAUAUGAGAUGCCUGGAGUAAAUGGCAUGGACCCAAGAACAUGAGCGAUUACUGGUACAUGGAAUCAACCUUUUUAAAGCCUAAUCACGCGGGUAGUAGAAGUGCAGACUGAUGGUUGUAUACAUCUGAAGACUUUCAGCCUCAGUGAGUGGCUGUGACAUCCACCCAACCUGACACUCUUGCUCAGCUCAUCUUUUACGUCACGCCUUUGCCAGCAUAAUGCAUGGCAGAGUUGCUGGAAGAUGGGAUUAAUUCAGUGCCACGUUGCAACUGUCGGUUGUCUCGAACCCUGUGAUACAGACUCAGAUUAUCAUCACGCUGUCCCUCAGGAUUGUGGAUUGGUUUUAUUCUGAUCCCGAGCACGUGCACUUCCUUAGCUGUCGGUCAUUACAUCUUACAGACCAUUUGCAUGGUCAUGGUAUUGUCCUCACCCCUGACAGGGUCCAAACACUUAGUUGCCCAUACUUACUCCUUCAGGUCUCUGCAGGAAUAGGUGCAAUGCUUUCCCUCUCCCUGCAUGCACUGUGAUGUCAGAUAAGCAAUCAGUACAGUUGUGACAUCUCCAAGCUUAUAAUUGUACAAAGAGUGUGGCUGAUUACGGAAACCCCUCUAAAGAUUACUGUCCCCAUUACACCAUCUUUUGGAUGAAACUGCCCAAAUGCAGACCUAGAAUCAGACCUACAUAUGAACGCCAUGCAUUUCACUAUAGGAGCAACUGUUAUUGCAGAUGCAUAAGGACAUGGGACAGGUUAAGGAUUACUUGAAAAGCUGUUGCAUUGUGACCUUACUCUCCCUUUCUGAACACUUAGAAUAUAAAUAGGACAUAGCAAUUUAGUUUGCUUUUUUUUUUCCAAAAGUGUUCAAUCAGUUGCUGUAAAGGAAAAUGUUUACUUUGACAUUUUCAAUGUUUUGUAGUCCAGGACAAUGUUGGUCACAGCUAUUUUGAUCUGAUGUUUAGUUUGAUUGUGUUUCAGUUUACUCUAGCACUAAUAUCAUUGUUAUUAGAAAUCUAACAUCGCACCACAAUCCAUUGUCAAAAGAGCAAGUCUUUUUUUUCUUUUUUUUCACAGUCAUUCCAUGUGUGUUGAUUUAGAAAAAAAGAGUGCCGUAUUUCAAGGGAUGGUUUUAUAUCAUUAGAAAAAAUAAAUAAAAAAGAUGAUAAGCUUUGCAUGAAAAAAACAAAAACAUCUGUCAUAUGUGUUUAUUUCCAUGUGCUGCUAAGUUUCUGUUCAGAUGGAGCACAACUGUACAGUUUCCGAUGUAAUGCAUGUUUCCAACACAAGAUGGGAAUCUUUGCCUGAUAAAUACUGAAGUUAUCAAAAGUGAGGGGAGGAAAAGAAAUAAUUAAACAUCAGUAUAUUUUGUGUACGUGA